AUGAUCGAUGAAAUAAUACAAGAAAAUUCUACAACUCCUCCUCCUCAAGCAUCUGGCAGCAAAGGAAAAUUGGAACCUGAAGAACAUACACCUAUUAAACGUUCCUAUGAAGAAGACUUGGAAGACAUACUAUCUGAACUACGAGCACCAGAGGUUCCUGAAGAAGUUUUGACCCAGGUCGCUGAAAAAACCGAAGACGAAGUAUUCAUCAGCGACAUUAUACACAAAAUCAAUAGCACGGAUAACCUUUGGACAUUCAUCUAUAGAGGACCACCACCUACUAUUGUUAACAAUAGCCGUAUCAGUGCCAUUAUAAUACAACACUCUGACCACUAUCACGUAAUUUUUCAAGCUCUACCACAAAACCGUAAUCGAUCACUACAGCGACUAUUGCAAGUUAUGGGCAUUCCAUCCACGUACACGUUCGACAUUCUCUCAACAUUACAACCUGUUGUUGACUGGUUCCGUUUCGCUCCAUCCCUAGCACCUACCGGAUACUCUGUUCAAACACUAGGAACUAAAUUGCAACAUCUGGCAGAACAUAUCGGCCUAACACCUGCUGACCAAAAGGAUUGCGCCACAAUAAACAGAGAGUCCCGAAAACAACAACAUUCCAACGUAAACAGAACUAAGCGAAUCAACCUAAUCGAUGAACUGAUCGAAGUACAUAGAUGUACCCAUCUUAAAGAACUAAAACGAUGCCUCAAAAGAAAGCAGCGCCUAACCAUAUACAAUGAAUUCGGUAAACAGUGGGAAGAAUCCGCAAUCAUGUGCAUAGAAGCCUUCAAUGAAGAAUUGUUUGAAAGACAAACACACGUAUCAUUUGAGGAAUAUAUGUUAGAGAACAACCACAUGUCAGUAUGCGCUCAUCCUAAAACCUUGGACGACCCAUUCUUAGAUAACCUGUUAGCAGCCAACAAGAUUGACAAGGAUAAAUUUUGUAAGGCAAUACACGAAAUCAUGAAUAAAAAGAUUGACCGCCUCAAUUGCUUAGGUAUCGAAGGACCAACAACUACAGGCAAAUCUCUCGUUCUCAAAAUGAUUUGCCAAAACUACCAUUGCGGCACUGUACAAAGAUCAGGCGAUCAUUCACAAUUCUUUCUACAAAACCUUGCCGACAAAUCUAUUGCUUUGAUGGAAGAACCACGCAUUACUAUAGCCACAGUCAAUGACUUUAAAGAACUUCUUGGAGGUAGCCCGUUUGACAUACACGUCAAACACUCCACCGAUGUAACCUUGAACCGCCUACCUAGUUCGCGUCGGAUCUCCAGAACUGCCGAAACCACGGAGCACUCUCUGUGCUUGCUACUUCUCGUCUUGGUAUGGCAAGUGGUGGAAAACGAAUCCUUGUCGAUUCGACGAAUGAGGACGAUGGCACGGGAGAAACAGGACCAGUCGACAGCAAAACGUAUCCGACUUCUACGACCUCGAUACAACACUACUACCAUUACAAUCACUCGCAAACAACACAUCACCGUCAACCAAUACAAGCCUGCAGAUACCUCUGAUACCUUUGCAAUCACCUGCCUUCCCCUGUCUACCUUUGAAUUCUGGGCCUUGCAAUCCGAUCAACAAUUCGCAGAACCCUUCGACACCUUGCGAACAGCAUUUCCUCUAUGUUCUUUCAACACUGCUACAUUACGUCUAUCACAUUACAUCCCUCUCCAAAAAUCUCUUCAAGGCUCUAACGCUGUUGAUGUCACAUCAUUCAAUAGUUCUCCCUACAUGUACAUAGCUGAAGACGACACUGGACUCCUCAACACCGUACCUACACCAGUCACGGAACAAGCCCUAUUGGAUCAAAACUGCAAAGUUCCCUCUAACACUUACUGGCAAUUUUCUAGCGAUCAAGGCCUACUGGCAUGCAACAACGUCCACACUCUAUCUGCAAACGAAGUUUUCUUCAAACGCUACGACUUUGAUAACAAUGGCAAAUUUCUCGUUGCUACACCUGCUCCUACUCCCAGAGGAUUUGCAUACAUGCCAGGCGACUAUUUCCAAAACGUUGCUCCAUACAACUACUCACCCUUUUGGAAAAAACUUUAUUCAUCCUAUGCUGUGCCCACUACUCCCAUCACCGUGGUCCCUACCAAAUUGCAUUUAAUCCCUACGCACAUACCAUGCAACCCAUUUUCCUAUUCCUACCAUACAUUGAACCUGUCUCCGCCUCUGAAGGUAUCGUCCGAAUGA